AUAUUUCUCACAAGGGUUGGGGGAGCUCUGAAGGCUGCUCUCCGGGAUCCCCGGGCAAACUUUCCCGGGAGCGAGCGUGUCGGAGGCGCCUCCCUGAAGGCAGUGGCGAGGAGGGGCCCGUGUCCCCGCCCCUGGGGAGGGGGCGGGCGGAGAGGGAGAGGCUCCCCCGCCCCAAUGGCACCGCUGUCUUGGAGAAGAGCCCGCUGGGGGCGGCAACAUCUGGCGGAGGGGGCGGCGCGGCAGGACUUCGGCUGAAGCCAGGAAGCCCGACCCUCUUCCCCACCUUCCCUCUUUCCUUCCUUCCCCGUGGUUCUGCCCAGGCGCUGUGGCUGGGCUUCUGCCUCCUCCCUUCCUCCCUUCUUCCCCCUCAUGGCUCUUUCUCCUGCCAGAGCCCCGCUCCGAAGGAGGAGGGCGAAGGAGAAACGCGGCUGAGCGAGAGCAGAGAGCGAGAGGGAGACGCUCCAGAGGCGGAGGAGGAGGAGGAGGGCAUCACCUGCUCCAGAUUGCAUGAAGAGAGACUGAAUGGAUAUAAUGAACUUAAGAGCACUGCAGCUAAUUCUCAUCUAGAUAUUCCUUCAUAGAUGCCCUUCCAAGUUCUAAUCUUCUGAUUCAUGACUGAGCCAAGGUGGAAGUGAGAAAUUAUGAUUGCAACUGGGGGAGUCAUAACAGGACUGGCUGCAUUGAAGCGGCAAGACUCUGCUAGAUCCCAGCAGCAUCUAAAUCUCACAACAUCACCAGCUAAUGAAGAGCAGAAGCCAGUCAAGCGCCGACCUCGGGCAGAUGUUGUUGUGGUUCGAGGCAAAAUUCGACUUUAUUCCCCAUCAGGAUUUUUCCUUGUUCUGGGAGUGCUUGUUUCAUUCCUGGGUAUUGGUAUGGCCAUUCUUGGAUACUGGCCCCACAAGGAUCUUUAUGCAGAGUCUGAAGACAUUUUGUCACUCAAUGAGACUCAAGGCAUAGGAAAAGAAAGUGGCAUUAUAAUUCGUUUCCUUGAACAGCAUUUACAUUCUGAUAAAAUGAAAAUGUUGGGACCUUUCACGAUGGGCAUUGGAAUCUUUAUCUUUAUUUGUGCAAAUGCGAUGCUCCAUGAAAACCGUGACAAAGAGACAAAGAUCAUACACAUGAGAGACAUCUAUUCCACUGUCAUUGAUGUACAUACCCUGAGGAUCAAUGAACAAAAGCUACUGAAUGGUGCCUACGCUGGCUUAGUGGGAGAUAAUGAAGUCAAGCACAAUGGAAGCUCUUGUGCAUCGCGGCUGACUGCAAAUACAAUUGCACCCUUCUCAGGCUUUGCAAGCAACUUCCAAGUGGAAUGCAAUGUUGAAGAGGAUGACAUUUCUGUGAGCGAUAGCAAAAAUACCACCAGUCUUUUGCCACCUUUGCUGAUUGAGCGCUCCAGUUCAGUCUUUGGCCUUUACCCUCACUCUGGGAAAGCAAAGGAUGACAGAAGUAGCAGUUCUCUAAAAUGUGAAACAAAAUCCAUCGUCUCAUCCUCCAUUAAUGCUUUCACAUUACCUGUAAUUAAACUAAAUAACUGUGUUAUUGAUGAGCCAAGUAUAGACAACAUUACAGAGGAUUCUGCAAGCUCUAGAGGCAGACCUAAAAAUUUGUCCAUGGACUCUUUAGCUGUCCCAUUAACUGAUGCCAAUGACAGCUACAAACCCACUGGUGGAUUGAUACCAAGAAACACUUUAUAUGGAGAUUCUACAUUAAAUCAUUUCAAAUCAUCUAUGACUCUUGGACCCAGUGCUGGAAAGCUUUUGUCACCUGGUGCAGCCAGAAAACAGUUUGGGUCGAACACCUCUUUGCAUCUUUUGUCUGCACAUUCAAAAUCCCUAGAUUUAGAUCGGGGCCCUUCCACUCUCACUGUACAAGUUGAACAAAGGAAACAUCCAAGUUGGCCAAGACUGGACCGUAGCAACAGUAAAGGUUAUAUGAAACUAGAAAACAAAGAAGACCCGAUGGACAGGCUCCUUGUGCCAUCGGCCACAGUCAGGAAGGACUUUACUAAUAAAGAAAAGCUUCUUAUGAUUUCCAGAUCUCAUAACAAUUUGAGCUUUGAACAUGAUGAGUUUUUGAGUAACAAUCUAAAACGGGGCACCUCUGAAACAAGGUUUUAACAAUUAUAUGACUGCAGUUUCAUGUCAGUAUUUUUUUAACGACAAAAAUCAGACUAUUUUGACAUGAUUAUAGCCAGAUGUUCCUUGUUUCUGUUUCUUGUUUGUUUCUAGUACAAGUCUGUUUUUAAAAAAGAAAAACCAAAUUGGAUGAAAAUUGCCUUGUGUUAGCAAUGGUUAUUUUUCACCUCUGCCAACUGUUUAAUGUCAAGAAGCUUGUUCAUCAAGAUGUGGUACUGGCAGAAUGCCGAUGAGAUGAUGUUUGUGUUAGAUGGUAACAGGAUGGUGGAUUGAGAAUUGACAUCCUCUUAAUUUACAACUGCAAUACUGUACAUUAUCAUUGCUUGAUGUAUUGGGUGCUUCAGAUCUAUUUUUUCCCAGCCAUUGCUCUUUUGUUUCUAUAUAAGCAUGCUAUCUGUCAUUGCUGUGAAUCAACACUAUGAGCUGACUUAAUAAGUAUCAAAAUUCAGAUCCAUCAGUACUGGCAACAUUUGAAGAAUGCUGCUUUUAGCUAAAGAUGAAGAUGAAUGCAAGGUUUGCAGAAGAGCCAAACUUAGUACCUAGUCCAGAGUGAUACUUGAAACACACCCAAUGAAAACGUGGGCUGUUUUUCAUUUUGAAAGGCAGAUCCACUAUUCUAUGUUCUUCUGUUUUUAAAAGAAAACUGUUUUCAAACCACUAAUUAGUUUCAAAAUAAAAUGUCCUUGUGGUCUGGGUGUUGCUGUUUAACCAAUGUAAGUCCAAAUCUAUCUUGGACAUGGCUCUAUCUGCAUGGCUCUCCACAGGGAGUAUCCAUCUAUUCAUGCAGUAGAUCCUCCAGUUAUUUGAUUAAGAGGUACUCCCAGUAGCUUGUGUCCAUUUAUUUUACUUACAAUGGUCAUUUUAAAACUAAUUGAACAAUAUUUAGUAAAUCUGUUACCAUACUAGAUAGGUUUUAGGAGCAAAAAAAAUAUGUGCAGACUGAAAAUCAUUUUUGUCAACUUGCUAUAAUCAACCUGAUAUCACAGUUAUGUCUAAAAGCUGAUCCAUCAUAAUGACACAAGAACAAGGGAAUGCAGUAAGACAGACUUCCAAGGACAGGAUUCUCAGCCUUGGAUUCUCAGAUGUUGUUGGACUACAGUUACCACCCUGACUAUUAACCAUUCUAGAUGGGUGGAAGUUGUAGAUUGUGAUAAAACAAGAUGACUAUCUGAUUAAUAAGACCAGCGCUAGCCAACAAAACUCGCCUCUUAAAUUGGCAUUGUCUUUAUAUAGCAUCUAGGUAGUCUUUUUAAAGAUGACUAGUGUUAUUCCUGGCAUCACAAGAUAGUUGGAGUGCUAAUUAUAUGGGAUAUAUAUGAAACCCUGCCUGACAAGAAUGGGAUGACAGUGAAUUCAAAUAGGAUAUUUAAAUAGCUGAUGUGUGGAGAACAGGUGUUUCUCUGUACGGCUUAACUUCUUUCCUGGCUUGGUGUGAAUUAAAAUACAAAUGCUGCAGUUCAGAAAUCAUGCCAACAUUAAAUAUGAAACUUCUGUUGACCAUAUGUUCAAAGAUCCUGUUUAGGUAAAGAUAAUAAAUGUGUGCCAUCCCAGUUCACAUUAUCUGAUGCGAGGAGCCUCCUCUAUCUGUGAGUUCAGAAAAUAAGUAUUAUGAUUCAUGCAGACAAGCUGCAUGGAUAAAGGAGAAUGUCUUCUUUAGAAAGCCCAUCUCUACAUGAGACCAACAGAAGCCAACUACAUGAGACCAACUAUGGAGUAGAUGGGACUAGCAGAUUUCUUUAUUGUGUAUUAUCCACACUUACCAAAUACCUGAACUGGGGUUAGAAAUAAACAUCACUCAGUACAGUGAUGAACUGCACUGUAAACUGGUAAAAGGACAGCAUUUUUUUCUGGCAAGUAUUUUAUCUCUUCCAGCUGGGUCACCAUUGAUGCUGAAUGUUAGUGCUAAAGGAAUCAGUGAUGUGAAUGGCUUUACCAGAAAGACUCCCUUUGUUACACUGAGGGGAAUACGAUCUUGAUCUUGGCAACUGGUCUUUUAUACUCCAGUCUGCCCAUGAGGUUUGGCCAACAAAAUCACAAAGUUAAAUGGUCAUUUUAGCAGGUGUUUCGUAUUUUCACUUAGUCUAAAUAACUCAGGAAUUAUUAUUAUAGCUGCUCCUGAAACAACUAGUUACUUCAAAAUGUUGUGCUUCAGUUGAUUGCAAAAGACAAAAGAGAGAAGUUUUUCUAUUAUUGUCCAGCUCCAUAUUCUAACAAUAUGCUGUUUCUGUGACAAAAGCAUUACUUGCCCAGUGAAUUGAGGCAGAGCGUCAACUUGUUAGAAUCUCAAGCCUAUAUAUUGUAACAGAGUUGGCUAAAUAUUUUGCUAUAAAGCUUUUAAUAACUUUCUGGUCAGUGUUCUUAAUACAUUUGCUAUUUUUUAAGUAAAAAAAGAAAGAUAUGUA